AUGCGCAGUAACGAUCAUUACAACUGAGACAGUUGAGCAAAUCAGAAAACGGACAAUGAUUACAACAGGCACUAUAAUUGCGUUGCUCAGCACUGUGAUCGCUAUGGCAUUAGCUGCCAAAUGCAGUUUACCAGCACCGGGCGUUUGUGGGAUCAGAGCGCUGAAGGAAAUUGAGGAACCGUUCUACCCGUGGACAGCUGUGCUUAUUGUGCAACCUCAGUGGAAUGGUCCUAUUGUUGCCAUCUGUGGUGGAACCCUAAUAUCCGAUCGGUUUGUUUUGACACCAGCGCAUUGUUUCGAGAAUUUGCCGGGAUAUGUCACAUUCAAGAUACGUUUGGGUGGGUGGAACAUUACAAGUGAACGGGCCUGCGAUGCCGAGUUGUGUGCAGGAAGAAUCAUCGACGUUGCAAUCGUCAGUCAUGUCAUUCACCAGGACUUCAACUCUAGCCACAUCCAACAUGAUAUUGCCAUGAUUAAACUUGCCAGGCCAGUGACAUUCACGAAUUUUAUAUCGCCAAUAUGCCUUCCUUGGAGUGAAUCACACAUGAAUCCACUUGAAUCCGGUAGAAUACUCAGAGUUGUGGGAUGGAACAUUGUGGAAGAAAAUUACAUUCCUAACGUUACGGAUUUUAUUGGGGAUCGCCAUCAAAACUCCAUGGAAGUGCGUACCGUAAGCGACGAGGAAUGUGAUUUUGAUUUUCAGUCAACUUCGGAGAUUUGUACCGAGCAAGUGGAUGAAAAUAAUCUUCAACGUGUUGAUUUUGCAAGAUCGCUCGUCACGCAGGAAAGGGAUGAUUACUGGUAUCAGCAUGGACAUGGAGUUUGGGAGUUUGGAAAUCCUAAGCAACACGAAUCUGAUAUAUUCACUCGUAUUACUCAUUAUUUGGAUUGGAUUCGGGAGAACUUGAACGGUGCUGGUCCAUGCUGAUCAUUGUUAAUAAAAAUCAUAACACAGAUGUGAUCCUGGAAUUGAUACACCUCAGAUAAUCAGAGUUUUAUAGGAAAAGCUCUGGAUUAAAUUAAAGCCAAAUGUAUCCAUUGUAGGUACCUUUACCGGUUUAAACCUCAUUUCUGAGCAAAUAUUCUUACACUAAUCUAAACAGUGUGUGUAGCUUGAUGACAAUUCCGAGUUCAUACAUCUUCACAAGCAGUGA